GGCAGAGGCGUCAUCAAACGUGACUGCCCACACUUCAGUCUUGUCCGGUUGUCCCAUCACAGCUAAAGCAAAACCACCACCCAUCGAGCUGAUCCUGAUCAUCACUCUUUUCCCGACACAAAGAGGGCACCAAGAAUCCCCUCCAUCGACGACGAAGGCGAUGGCGCCGCUGCCGCAGGCCGUCCACCUCCUCCUCGCCUUCGCCCUCGCGCUUGGCUGCCUGGCGGGCGGCGCCACCGCGACGGUGGUGACGACGUGCAGGGCGGCGGCGGACAGCGACGCGCGCGUGGACUACGCGUUCUGCGUCGCCGAGCUGGGCAUGCACCGCGAGAGCCCCGACGCCGACACCUGGGGCCUCGCCAAGGUGGCCGCGCUGACGGGCGUCAACAACGCCGACAACGCCGUGUACGACAUCAAGGCCCUGCUCGCCAACAAGAGGCCCGACGGCCCGACGCGCGCGGCGCUGGAGAAGUGCGGGAGGCUGUACGGCUCCGUCGGGUUCGCGUUCGCCGAGGCGGACGACGAGAUCAACAACCGCCGCUACGCCGCCGGGAAGGCCAAGGUCGCGGAGGCGGUGUCCCUCGCGCGCCAGUGCGACGACGCCCUCGCCGUGGCCGCCGCCGUCCCGUCGCCGCUGGCGCAGCACAGCUCCUACAACGUGCGGAUCGCUGAUAUCUGCAUCGCCAUCACUAACCUCAUCAAGUGAAUACUAUAUAUGGUACUGUACAUUUACGGAAACACAUGAGUACCAAUACCAUGGUGUGCGUCCAGUACGUGGUCGAUCGAGUUGACAGGUGUGACACGACACGACUUCAAAGUUUGUACCUUUAGAAAACUUUGUAUACAAAUAAUAAUAAAGGAGUUCUGUUAUUCUA